AUGCACACACUGAGUUUCCAGAAACAUCGAAUUUUGAUUUCUGUAGAAGCGGAGUCAGACACCGACGAUUUGGAGGCACAUAGUUCAGAUGAAGCAGCUCAGAUUUGGGCGUUGGUUUGCAUCAAAGCGAUUCGAGUCUAUCACUCCAUGCUUCAGGUUCCUGCAGGCAUCAAACGGCAACUGAAAUUUUGGCAACAGAUUACUGGAAAGAGUUUGCAUGGUGAGGCAUUCAUUUUUGACAUUGAGCAUGUCAUACCUUUGGCUUGUCCUGUUGAUGUGCAGCAGUUUGGGGCGAGUCGUUUCAGGAGUUUGGUUGCUCCACUGGAGCCUGAGCAGGGCCCUCGCUUGUUAGGAAAUUUGGAAUCUGAAGGUCUGCGGCAAGAUUGGGUGGGGGAAAGCCCUCCUUCACGUGUGUUGCGAGCCCCAAGACCCUUUAUCCAGAAAGUUUUGAAUGGGACAUUCUCUGCAAUAUUGCUGCCGCACUUGCCAAAUAAGAAGAGGAGUGGCUCAUCUGGGCUCACAAUGAACUGGCAGUUGUGCGGGUUCACAUCUGAGGAUGUGCCUGUUUUGCCAGGUCAUGCUUCUACAUUUCCAGAUGCUGAUUCCAACUUGGUUUUGGACACCAAUGUUUUGGACGAAGCGAUUGAUUUUUUGCAAGCGUAUGCAGCUACAAUCUUGACCGAUGUUGAAGACGCAGAUUUUGAGAAUGUAGAGUACUUAGCCCUGCAACGGUGUGUUGGGGUUUUUCAACGUCUUCUACAAGGUAUGGACCCCAGUGCUUUUGUGCGAUCAGCUAGAGAAAUGACAGGCAAGGGCAAUGCAUUUUGGUAUUCAUCAAGGCGACCAUAUCAAGUUGCCUUUCUAGUCAAAGCUGUGACGAUGGCCAACUUACUUCGGACUGCCGGCUCCAUGCAAGAAGUUUUGCAAAGUGCAGCAGGCAUCUUGUUGCCUGAAGUGCUCCAAGCCCCUUUCAAACACAUGUUGGAAACAUGUCGGCAUUGCACGCCGCAUGAGAGCACCAUAUCGCGUUGGAAACUCCUGCUUGAUGGUGCGUUUAUGUUGUUUCAGCGGCGAACCAACACUGAAAUUCCCAGAGGGUCAGGAAGUGGCGCCAUUCGCUACUUGAUGGCAGAUGCUUCAACGCAGCACGGGAGAGAUUUUGAGCACAUCAUGGUCGCCAGUGUGAAAGCUUCUGAUGUUUGCCUGCUGUUUCGCACUGCCUGUUCUCUUUUGGAUACAUGGCAUGCUGUGGAGGAUGAUGACGCUCCUGCUUUGCAAAUAGAAGAGGAACUUAUGGCAACUCUCAGCUCUGGCAUUGAUGAGCACCAUUUGCCUAUCAUGGCAUUGGGAUCUGGGCGCACGUCUUUGCAGGAUAAAUUUUGUUCGGUCAUGUUUGCAAUGAUGUUGGAAGCUGGGCAUUCAGAGGCUUGCUUGUCAAAAUUUGCCAGAGACAUUGUUGCUGGAACAUUUGAUCUCGGUGUGGAGUUUUCAUUGAGCACGAUUUUGCCGACUUCAUUUCGUACAUUGUUUCCUUGGUUUGAGGUUAAAGUGGAAUGCCAGGAUGCACCAGAGUUGGACGCUGACCAUCUGCAGGAUGAUGGGUUUGAUGUGGUAGUCGAUGAGGAAGCGCAAGCUUCACUCUCAUUUGCAAACAUGUUGUCAGCGCCCCUUGAGCGAUUUUGGAGCCUUCAAGCUUUCAACCACGGCUCUGGCCAAAAGCCAGCACAGCAGCAGGCAUCAGAAGAAUCAGGUCCUAGGCUGGAGUACAUCAAUGAAACCAUUGAAAGUCCAGAGUUUUGGGCCCAGCUACUUGCUUUGGACAAAUUGUUUACAGUUGUGCGUGACUUGUUUGAUUGGGUGGAGUCAUGCCCAUGCCACUACAAACGCCAAGCCCCAACAGACAAUCCAGCAAUCAAGCGAAGAUGGCAGGCUUGCCCAUUGCGCGGAAGGCGCUUGCCAGAGAUUUCUUGCGGAAGGUUCUUUGAUAUCUUGAACCGGUUAUGCUUGGCCAAUGCUGCACGAUUGUUUCUAGAGUUGCCAGAUUCUUUGGCAGAGGAUUGUCGAGCAGCGUGCCUUUUGGAUUUUGAGCAUGGUCGAGGGCAUUUGACUUUUCAACUGACGUUGAAAAUGGCUUGUUUCCUUGAGCCGCCGCUUUUGCUCUUUGGCCUUGCGCACCAUGACCCAGAAAUGCCAGACUUGCAGAAAGAUGUGCUCCAACGUUGCAUGUCAUCCCAAUGCCAACACCCCCUGGUUCAGAAACUCAAAGAGCAAAAAUUGCAUGAAGAAGCCGAACUUUUUAUUGAAGGUGAAGACCUUAAGUUGCUUGAGAAUCUGGAAUUUUUCACUGCAAGUUUCCGAUUUGCUUGGGGCACAGAGCGGAAAGUGGAAGGUGGCCAUGCCCAGGUCAACAUGUAUGCCAGCGGCAGACGAAAUCGCACAGAAGCAACCGACUCCUUGGCUUUGCGCUUGUCUGAAAUCAAGCGCAUUUUGUCGUCUUCCGAUGUAACAGCAUUUCUUGAAUGCGUGCAAGUGGCCAGGAGCCCUCAGAAGCUAGUGUCCCAAUUGGGGCUUGCCAGGCAUCCUAGCUGCAGGCUUGCGAAAAAUGGGUGGGACCCAAUCUACCGGAAGACAGUGUACCACGCAGAUCCUCUUUCAUUGUACAACCGGGACCCGCCAGCAUUGUUUUCUGCCAAGCUUGCGGCACCAGCAAGAGCACGCCAUGAACCUUUGCAGGAUCAGGUUGCAGAGGGGUCUGAUCUUGCCAUUGAGUUUUUGGAGAUGCAACACACUCUGGCAUUACGGCAUGUGAAGCAGCAACUUGAGAGCUUGUGCAAGAACCAGGAGCAACGCAGAUUGUUUUCGUGCAGCUUGCCAAGCACUGCCUUGACGCUAUUGUUUCAAUGGCUUGCCCCAAGCCAAGCCCAAGAAGGACAUCAAGAGGGUUUGAAAGCAGGUGGCGAUGAAGCUGUGCCUGUAUCAUCCUACACAGAUGCGUUGGUUGCCCACGCUUCCCAUGUGGACACCGUGUUUUUCAGGAUUGUCAGUUGUGGUCUUUCUCGGGCGAAGCUUGCAGCUCCAGUCAGUUUUGAUGCCAGUGAUGUUGGUGUUGUUGUUUUGAAGAAUGCCGGCCCUGUGGCUGGCGCGCCUGAAAGGUCAUACAUGGUGGAAACAUCUGAUGUGGCGUUGUCUUCGCAUGUUGCCAGUCAGAGCGAGCUUCAAUCGUGCCCGCUUGUGUUGUCUUUGUCAUCCCUGACAGCAGCCCAGAUACGCAGCUUUGAAGGAUGGGAGGAAUCAGUUGCUGAUGUGCAAACUGAUGUAGAUAGUGGACGGACCUUGGUGUGUGCGACUGCACCCUUUCCUGUCAUGGGCAUUAGGGAGCAACUUCCUCUUGCUGAUCGCUCGACGUAUGAGUUGGUGGAGCAAUUGUGCAAUGAUGGCUGGGAGCGCAUGGCGUAUACCCGAGCACUUCUUUCUGCACGUGAUCAUGAAUGCGCAGUGCCUCAUUUCAAGCAGCUGGCCGAUUAUUUGGAGAUUGUGGACCCACAGGAGCUAGCGCGUCUGGAAGACCGGAAGCGAGCCAGCCGCAAGAGGAAGUCUGCCCGUGUGCAAGCCCUUGCCGAUGGGGAUGAUUGGGACAUUGUGGAGAUGCAGGACUCUGACAAACCGCCGUGUCGCCCAAGGAAACGAUUGAGAGGAAAGCAAUCCUGUGACCCUGCCAUUGGUGAUGCUCCAGCAAUCACUGAGGUAGCAGCCGUUGUUGUGCCAGCUGAGGCUGUUGUAGAGCAAAUUGGGGAGGACGGCGAAGAUGCGGAGAGUGUUGGCAGUGGCUUUGUCUCCGAUGAAACUUCUAAUGAUUCCCUUCUGCGUGAGCUUGGGCAGGUGGAUGGGUCUUGCGAUGAAAGUCCUGGCCUUUUGCCUGCUGGAGAAGGUGGAGACCGUGAAAAGUCUUCCAAAGAACCAGGUGCUGCCGCUUCUUCUUCUGAUUCUUCUAGCAGCAGUGGCUCGAGCAGUGGCAGCUCAAGUUCGUCCAGCUCCUCAUCUGAUGGUGGCACGGACAAUCAGCCAGGCGCAGCCCUAGCUGCAGCUGCCAAGCCAGCAGCCAAGGUGAAAUCAAAGGCUGCUUCAAAACCGAAAGCUUUACCAGUGGCACCGGGUGAAUUUAAGCGUGACAGGACAAACAGAGUAGAGUAUGGGUUGCAUCACUUGGUCCCUCGCUAUAGAGAUGGGGCCGUUGCCUCGUACCAUAUGCAAUGUUGUCUCCCACAGCACAACAUGCCUGGAAAGAAAUGCAGCCGGGAGCUUGCUGUUCAAGUUGCUGGCUCUGAGGAAAACGCCCGCCGCAUCUUGAAGGCCUGGGUCCUCUUGGGCCACUGCCUUCCCAACAAGGAAGCCCACAUGGACAGGUCCAGCAGACAGCAAUUGCAAACCGCUUUGGGGGAGGGAACCUUGCUUUCUGAGAAGGAACUUGAUUCAAUUGCAGUGCCCGAUGCAGAUGCUGCAGUGGUGGCUCCUUUUGGCGAAGCCGCCUUAGGUGACAAGACACCGUUGAAAAAACAUGAUUUGGGGGCAGCCGGGAAGGAUGUACCAAAAGACGUUCAUGAGAGAAUGGAGGCGUUAUGUUUGUCUGGCGGUGUGCCUUCAACCAGCUUAGCUCAAAGAGAGCGUAACAGGCUCACCAAGGGCACCAAGUAUGGAGUGCCACCUGCUCUGCAAGAAGCUUUGCAGUUUGGGUACAUCAGCCCCAACCUGCCACCACCGUCAGGCUUCAAGUGGAGCUACUCUGGAGGCAGUUGGCGGUUGGAAAUCCGUGGUGGCUAG